AUGUGGCAUGACGAUAGUGUUCACGCAACCAGUGGUGAAGAGAAUGAAGAAUCUCUCCAGAGCCGUCUUCAUUCCCAAGUUCAGUCCAGCCUCAUCCAGAUCAAAGCUGCCAGUGAAGAUGAGGUAAGCCGCAGAAUACAGGCUUUCAUUCGAAACAAGAGAAAUGAAGUUGAUGAAAGAAAUAUCCGGGAAUUCAUCUCUCCAUUUUCAUCAGAGCCAGGCACCAGCUGUGCCAGAGUUGAGGCUGUCUACGUCCACCGGGAGGGACAGAAAAGUCACAUCACUUUGAAAAGAGUGGAGAAUGCCAGUGGCCCUCAGACGCAAAUCCCAGCAGACAACGACGAUGGUAGAAGUCUUCUCUCGUACCGAGUUCCUGUAGAUGUCCAGCGGGCGGAUGCUGUAGAGGAGCGACUGUACAACCUGGAAACUCAUUUGAAUAUCAAGAGUGAUGCACCAGAGAUUUAUGCACGCAUCAAAGCUUUAGAGGAAAGGGUCAGCUACCUGGAAGGGUUGUCACCCGAAUAUUUUACUGAUGGUAUACCUCAGAAAAUUAAAAAACUUGAACCAGGUGCUGGCAAUGAAGGAAUAAUUAAAAACAUAAAACUGCUGCCUUCCCAGGACGAGAGCCUGACUGACAUUGACAUCAAGAUUAGACAGCUGAAGCAAGCCUUGAGAGAGAAGCAGAAGCCGACUCAAAGUUGA